GCCACGCAGCACUCCUGCGGUCGGCGCGGGACCGAGCCCCUUUAGCAGCGCCGGGCCGUGGGGGCCGGCCUCUCCCGCCUCUACGCGCGCGCACGCCCGUCCGCCCGCCUGCCCGCCGCGGCCCCGCGCACUCCGUCGCUUCGCCCGUCGCGCCGCGCAGGCAGCCGCUCGCCGAGCCCGCGGCCGGGGCCCUGGCGUGCAGCGCGGGCCUCGGAGGGGCCCAGCGCCCCGGCCCGGGAGGAUGCGGCCCGGGGCGGCCCGGCAGCUGAGCAGGGUCCCCGCGCCGGCCCCCGCGGGCCCCGGCUUCCAGAGCCGCAGCCGCCGCCCCGCCCCCGGGAGACAUGACUUCCAAGCCGCAUUCCGACUGGAUUCCCUACAGUGUCUUAGAUGAUGAGGGCAGCAACCUGAGGCAGCAGAAGCUUGACCGGCAGCGGGCCCUGCUGGAGCAGAAGCAGAAGAAGAAGCGUCAGGAACCCCUGAUGGUGCAGGCCAACGCGGAUGGGCGGCCCCGGAGCCGGCGGGCCCGGCAGUCGGAGGAGCAGGCCCCCCUGGUGGAGUCCUACCUCAGCAGCAGUGGCAGCACCAGCUACCAAGUUCAAGAGGCCGACCCAGUUACCAGUGCACAGCUGGGAGCUGCCCGCCCAACAGCACCAGCCUCAGCCAAGAGAACCAAGGCAGCCGCAGCAGCAGGAGGCCAGGGCGGGGCCUCUAGGAAGGAGAAGAAGGGGAAGCACAAAGGCACCAGCGGGCCAGCAGCACUGGCAGAAGACAAGUGUGAGGCCCGAGGCCCGGUGCAGAUCCUGACUGUGGGCCAGUCAGACCACGCCCAGGACGCAGGGGAGACGGCAGCUGGUGGGGGCGCACAGCCCAGCGGGCAGGACCUCCGUGCCACGAUGCAGAGGAAGGGUGUCUCUAGCAGCAUGAGCUUUGAAGAGGAAGAGGAGGAUGAGGACGAGAAUAGCUCCAGUUCUUCCCAGCUAAACAGCAACACCCGCCCCAGCUCUGCUACCAGCAGGAAGUCUGUCAGGGAGGCAGCCUCGGCCCCCAGCCCAACAGCCCCAGAACCCUCGGCGGAUGUUGAGGUCCAGGAUCUUGAGGAGUUUGCACUGAGGCCGGCCCCCCAAGGUAUCACCAUCAAGUGCCGCAUCACGCGGGACAAGAAGGGGAUGGACCGGGGGAUGUACCCCACCUACUUCCUGCACCUGGACCGAGAGGAUGGGAAGAAGGUGUUCCUCUUGGCGGGAAGGAAGAGAAAGAAGAGUAAAACUUCCAAUUACCUCAUCUCUGUGGACCCAACAGACUUGUCUCGAGGAGGGGACAGCUACAUCGGGAAACUGCGGUCUAACCUCAUGGGCACUAAGUUCACCGUUUAUGACAAUGGAGUCAACCCUCAGAAGGCAUCAUCCUCUACUUUGGAAAGUGGAGCCUUGCGUCAGGAGUUGGCAGCCGUGUGCUAUGAGACAAACGUCUUAGGUUUCAAGGGGCCACGGAAGAUGAGUGUGAUUGUCCCAGGCAUGAACAUGGUUCAUGAGAGAGUCUCCAUCCGGCCCCGAAACGAGCACGAGACGCUGCUAGCACGCUGGCAGAAUAAGAACACGGAGAGUAUCAUUGAGCUGCAAAACAAGACGCCUGUCUGGAAUGACGACACACAGUCCUACGUACUCAACUUCCACGGGCGCGUCACACAGGCCUCUGUGAAGAACUUCCAGAUCAUCCAUGGCAAUGACCCGGACUACAUUGUGAUGCAGUUUGGCCGUGUAGCAGAGGAUGUGUUCACCAUGGAUUACAACUACCCACUGUGUGCGCUGCAGGCCUUCGCCAUCGCCCUGUCCAGCUUCGACAGCAAGCUGGCCUGCGAGUAGAGGGCCUGCUUGUGCCCGUUGGGGUUGCCCAGCCUGGAGUGGAGCUGCCUGCAGAGACAGCCCUGCCUACCCUCUGUACAUAGGCCUCCUGCCAGAUGAACCUUCUGUUCUCGGUGGCUCCCUGGCCCAGCCAGCUCAGACCCGCCUCCACUGCUGAGACAGAGGACUAGAUGGGGGAGAUGUGUGUGAAUGGACCAGAAUGAAUUCUUCCUGCGCCCCAAGGGCCCCACACACACACACCCCCAACUCUUGGGUUAGUAUCCUGCUGCAAUCAUGUUUGCCAAGCUGGGUGGCCUCUUCAGCUGGAAGGUAGGAAGACGUGUAGAGGGAGAGGAAGCACAAUGCAGGGCUCCUGUGGCCCAGCCAUCCCCUCAGCCUAGGAGUCAGGGGACAACGGGUCCCCCAUAGUGAAGGGCACAGUGUUUGUAUGUGUGUGUUGGGUACAUCAACUUUACACAGAAGGGCAAGGAUCGGCUACCAAGUCCUCCGCUAACUACAGAAAGGCUUCUGGCUUCAGAAGGCCUCAGCCAGGCUGGGAGGAGUUAUAGGGGUUUGGGAAAGGUGAGUGGCAGGACCUUGUCAGGACUGUAGGGGCCUGGCUGUGGGAGGUUUUCUCCAUGUGCACAGAGACAGGCAUUAGGAGGCUGGGCCUCCAGGCCAGAGGUCUUAGAGGAUGGGGCCUGUAGGACACAGGUCCACGUGCAAGAGGUACACGGAAAGGCUCCCUGGACCAGGGCUAUCUCGAGAGUCCUGUCAACUGCCGGAGGAGCUUUCUACUGAGCAGUUCCUGCACAAUCCCCAGUGAC